AUGAAAUUGCCCUCCUAUAGAGAUUACUAUAAAAAGUUUAAUGGAGGCUGCAAUGAAUGUGAUGAAUGUGAUAGUACAUUCAAGCAGAAGUUGCAAAGUGCCUUGCAAAAGUGUCCCCAUAUUGACAGUUCUACAAAUAUGAUUUUGAAAGCGUGCUGUUGUAUAUCCCAGGAUGGAAAUAAGGAGGGUCCAGAAUAUAAGAAGAAAUGUAAUUUCUUUUAUUAUUGGGCUUUGGACAAGUUAAUUAAGGAAGACAAAAGUUGCUCAUUCUCACAAAUAGUAGAAGGAGUCAUCAGUGCACUGGAAAAUUUCCUACAGACAGAUACAUGUGAAAUUUUGGACUCAGAGAAUAUUGGUGAGGAUAUUAUCAAAGAUAGGAAAACAAUAUUUGAAUAUUGGCAUAACUACAAUGAUAUACAAUUGCUAUUACGGGGAAGUGGGUCUGGAUGUGCUCAGAAAUAUAUUAACUACAUAAGGGCCCUUGAUACAGUUUAUAAAAGGGUACAAGGAGAAUGUAAGAGCCAACAUGAUAAUCCAUAUUGUGAAGAAUUUCAAAAGAAGCAGGAUGAAUACGAUCCGGAUAAACUGCUUAAUACAACAUGUCCUACAGGGGCAUCGAGACCUGAAGAUACGGCGGAGAAGGCAAAGCAACUACUGAAGGAGAAAUGCCAAAAGAAAAAGCUACCCUCGGAAAAAGUAUAUUGUGAAUUGAACAAUACCACGCAUCCGUGUAGUGAUAAUUAUGAAAUCAGCACAAAAGCAACAAGGGAUGAGCUGAAGAACAUGUUGCAGCAGAACGAGGUAUGGGGGAGUUACGAAGAUCAAAUUGUGCUUGGGUUCUGUUAUGCAUCUAAAAUGAAUAAAGGGAGUGGUUCUGAUAAAAAGUACUGUCAACACUUCUAUUAUUGGCUGCAGACUAUGCUAUACAUGGCAAAGGACCUCAAUACGACCUUCGGAACAAUUAUGAAAAACAUAUACAGAAAAUUGAAGGACCUGAAUAUUGAGGAUGAAUGUACUGAAAUAUACGCCAAUAUUGAACAUGCCAUCUAUCAGAAUAUGAGAACAGUAUUUGAUUACACGCAGGACUAUGAAACUAUAGAAACAUGUGCACGGAAUCCCCAUUCCUCUGAGCCCCAGUGUGCCGAUAAAUAUCACGGUUACUUGCAAAAAGUUCUUCCAACCUACGAAUAUAUGAGCAUAAAAUGUCCAAAGGAGAAAGAUAAUAAUGAAAAAUGGUGUAUGGACUUUCAGAAAAUGGCUAAUCAACACAGUUAUGAUGAACUAUUACAAUUGAAAUGCUCCUUAAAACAUACACCGGAAUGUACAAAUAUUACCGCUGCUAUAUUGGGCACACUAACCUCGAUAGGUCUACCAGUGCUCAGUUUUUUCCUAUAUAAAUAUAACCUCCUACCUUCUUCGUUCUUUAACAAAUUUGGGAAAAACAGCGGAAGAAGGAGUACAAGAAGGGGAAGAUCCACUGGACGUCAUCACUUUGACGACACAUUCACAGAGGGUGACACUUCAACAACAUUAGGUGACUCCACGGAAAACGACUCAACAAUAGGUUCCACACUUGGUUCAACAACAGAUGGAUCUACCAUAUAUAAUGGUAGGCCACCACCACCCACCAGAGGAAGGGGAAGAACAGGAGCAGCAAAUAAUAAUAAUAAUAGAAGAGGAGGGGAAAGCAGGAAGAAUAUUAGUUAUCAGCGUAUUUAA